AUGAAGCUAUCCACCGUCUCUGUUGCUCUUGGCGCUCUCGGUGCGGGUGCCACAUUCACCUCCGCCGCUGCUGUUGAGGCAGUCACCGCUGUCAAGGGGCCUGUCUCGUGGAGCGAGGUCAAGAACCACCACUCCAAGUACUGGAAGAUCUUCGCCCAGCCCCGCGGCACGGAUCUUCUCAACGUCAAGCCGCUCUACCACGGAUGCAAGACUCUCGACGUGACCGCCGAGGUUCGCGACGAGGUGCUCAAGACCUUCCAAAACAACAAGGACUUUGAGUUCGUCCAGACCGACAAGAACCAUAUCCUCGCCAACUGCAUCAACUGCUCCGAGUCGAUCCUUGGCAACUACUACUGCACCAAGCUCAGCGAUUACAUCGACUGCACUUACUACGGCGACAAGAAGCUUCCCAAGGGCGAUGAAGACGACGCUUAG